AGUUUCCGUCGGCUUCCGAUGCUGACGUCAUCUUGAGAAGAUGACGGCGAUGACUGCGAACUGUGUGUAGUGCUGUGGUUUUGGGAAUCGAACUGUUAUAUGCUCGAUUAAGUUGUUUCCGUAGAUCCUGUGAGCGUAAAAUAGAUGGCAAUGGCUAGCGCGGCUGGCUCAUCGAGGGCCGAAUUUAUUGUCGGUGGAAAAUUCAAAUUGGUUCGCAAAGUCGGAAGCGGUUCCUUCGGGGACAUCUACCUGGGAAUCAACAUGGUGAACGGCGAGGAGGUUGCAGUCAAAAUGGAAUCCACCAAGGCGAGGCAUCCACAGCUGCUGUAUGAAAGUAAACUGUACAAGAUAUUACAAGGCCACGAAGGGAUUCCCCACACAAGGUGGUUUGGCACUGAGAGAGAUUAUAAUGUGCUUGUGAUGGACCUGCUGGGCCCUAGCUUGGAAGACCUGUUCAACUUCUGCUCCAGACGUUUCACCAUGAAGACAGUGUUAAUGCUGUUUGAUCAGAUGAUUACCCACAUUGAGUAUGUGCACAAUAAAAAUUUUAUCCACAGAGACAUCAAGCCGGACAACUUUCUUAUGGGAAUUGGUGGUCACUGCAACAAGCUGUUCCUGAUCGACUUUGGGCUGGCCAAGAAGUAUCGGGACAACCGGAACAAGCAGCACAUCCCGUACCGGGAGGACAAAAACCUGACGGGCACGGCUCGGUAUGCAUCGAUCAACGCACACCUGGGCAUUGAGCAGAGUCGCCGGGAUGACAUGGAGUCCAUGGGCUACGUUCUUAUGUACUUCAACCGGGGUAGCUUGCCCUGGCAAGGUUUGAAGGCUGCCACGAAGAAGCAGAAGUACGAAAAAAUCAGCGAGAAAAAGAUGUCCACACCUGUCGAGGUGCUCUGCAAAGGUUUUCCGGCUGAGUUCACCAUGUACCUCAACUACUGCCGCGGCUUACGCUUUGAGGAGAUGCCUGACUACAAGUACCUGCGCCAAAUCUUCCGCAUUCUUUUCCGCACGCUGAAUCAUCAGUAUGACUACGUCUUUGACUGGACCAUGCUCAAGCAGAAGGCAGCUGCCUCAGCUGCUGCUUCAGGCGCCAUGGCUGGACAGCCCGGUGCUGCUGCAGCAUAGCGAUUACAUGCCUGCCUGCCAAAUCAGCAAGAUGUGGAAACCCCCACCACGCGAACCACGCAACUGCGGAUUACACUUGUCACUGCGGUCUGCCCACUUUUUCAUCACGCCAUCUUCGGGAUCAGACCAGUUUACUAUUGCACUAUCUCCAGGGCCGGCCCACCUUACUCAGCAAGAAGCCAACCGAGCAGAUGCGCGAAACCUUGGGAAAGAAGGCAUAGAAAGCUUCACUUUAAUAAAGGAGUUGUGUGCUUGAAGGCGCAUAUUUCGUGCACUGAGGAUAUUAAGGUACCGUUUGUUGUUUCAAUGCGUAAUUCUGUAUUGAAGAGGGCCAGCCACUGGCACAUCUGUUGGGUAGUGUAAUUGGGCUACAUGUAAGCCAAUUUGAUAUGGGUACCAUGUUUUGUGUGAGCUGUUUGGCAACACAGCAGCAGCCACGGUCAGUUAAGUCUGGGAGGGCUUGCGCUUUAAAACCAGUUCUGAGAUGUGUGAGAGGGAGGGGGGUGUUGUGGCAAGUACUACAUGCAAAAUUACAAACAUAAUGAAAACAAAAUAAAGUGGCGAUACGUAGAGUACAAACCUUUCAUGGUUUAAAUUUACUGAAAGGUCUCGUAUAAAGUUUUGUAUACUGUUAAAAUCUUCGUGCUGCUGUUGCAAAUUAUUUAUUCGUACGGUGUAUUAGUAGCCUACGAACAACCCAGCACUAUGUAGAAAUCUACAUGACAAAAUACAUACCUUUAAGAGUCUGACAACCACCCAAAACGUGUCAAGAGAUUUUGAUGGGAAUAAGAUGACCAUGAUUUAUGGUGAUGAAAUCAAGCAUGCUGGUUACAGUUUAGGUACGAAUUAUAAUUGCAAGUUAGCACAGAAAGUCGCGAAAAAUGGCAUCUCGAGCCACUUGCAGUAAAACCUUCAUACUAGAGCUGGAUUAUGGCAACGUAACUGCAGAUUACUGCAAUUGGCUGUUAUCAAGUGCACGCUAUGUAUUGCUUAAAAUUGCAGUCUUUACAAUAUAUAUGCAUUUCCAUUUUGUUGUAUGUGUAUUAUGAUGUAAAAGAAAAGUCUGUUGUGCUAACAAGCAGUGCUGUCUUUGUGGCAAAAUCGUACUGACAUAUCCUAACCACUUCCCAAUGAUGCUAUGUAGAGUCGCUAUCGUGCUAACCUAUCACUGUUUUCAGCAUGUUUCCAGCAUAUGACUUCAUAAACACGAUUGCGACUGCAGAUAAAAAAAUUCUGAAAAAAAAUUUUUCCACAAUAUUUCCACAUUACCACUCUAGGAUUGGACACUCUCUGGUAAGGUUUGUUGAAAAAUAAAAUUUUUUUAAAAUUCA